AUGUUGCCACCUGAAGUGACGAGUGUGAACAAGUACAGUGACAGUCUCUCUUCAAACCACUCCAAUGGGGGAGGGGGAGGGGGGCAUUCCUCUUCUUCCACCCCUGCCCAACUGGUGCCUCUCACAGUUCAACUGUUCGAAUUCACUCAUCUGAUGGUCUAUCAGCACUACAUCACUUCUGCUUACUGCAGACUCUGCUGUCUGGUCGACAACUUAACCCUAGUUGCCAACUACCAAAUCAGAGAGGCCUUCACUGACGAAGAAAUGCGAGGAUCCAAAAAACGACUGGAGACCUUGAGUGAGGUUGCCGACAAGACCGAAAUAAUCUGGCACUCCAUGCGCUGGCUCCUCGACAUCCUCCAGCAGAACCGGAUGGCCAGAAACAAACUUGGAAUCCACUUAAAAACACUCCUGGACACUACGACAAACGUCGUCGACAACUCGGCCCUGAAAACAUCGCAGUCCCAAAACUCCCUGCCAAACGGAAGCCAGAAACAUUUUGUACCUGGAGUUUCAAAUAGUGGGAGCCAGUCGCAUCUUUCGAAUGCUUUACGAAACAUGUCACAAAAUCAGCUGUCAUCUAACAUCACAAACGUGUCUUCAAAACCGCAAAGUUCGAAAUGUAUAGUUUUGCAAGUUUUUCCACGUUUUAACUGCGGGCUUCCACGAGGAACGUCGGUUCGAGUCGUGAUUAACUCGAAAGCUACGUGUAAAGAUGUCGUGCAACUUGUCGUGUCGGAACUUUCGAAGGUUGCUCUGAGUCAUAACCCGCUACUAACUUGGGACGCCAACCCAGAUCUUUUCCAACUUUGUGUUCUUUUCGGAGAUAAUAUGGAACAGACGCUACCAGAACAUCUACCACCGGUGCACAGCGUCGAUUAUCACCCAAACUCAGUUAAAUAUAUUGUAAAGUUAAAAACUAAUGCCAAUUUUUUUUCCAAGUACUCUGACAUAUGACCAAUUAUUUAGUUAUACAAUUUGGUAGAGACAUUAAUGUUGCUAUUCUUUUUCAAUUUUAAUUCGAUUUGAGUUUUAUGUUUAUAUAAUUCUCUUUUUGGUGGCUGCAAGAUUGAACAAAUGCUUUACUGACCUUGUCGGGUGUAGAGAUAAUUAAGCGCAAUUUAUGAAUAAAUGAAAGUGAGGUUUAAGUAUGAUGGGUCCACAAAUGCA